AUGCUGACAUCCCCUCAAGCAAACAAGGCCCAGAAGAUGCCUUCUGUGAAACGCCCCCGUGAUGUUGUCAUCUCGCCUCUUCCCGAUCUCCUCGUCAGCCAUGAACGGACAAAAUCAAGCGCGCUUCAUAAAAUAAGAUUUCUUGGCCCGCUUCUUCCAUUGACAGGAUUCACCACAGCUGUCAAAAAUGCCUACGAUACACAACAGUGGAGCAAUCGGGUGAUUCAGAUCAGCCUUCAAGCCAGAAAUCUCACCAAUGAGAAAGUUUUCGUCGGAGAUGAGGCCAGGGUUUAUGCUCGAUUCCAGCAAGCUGCCGGACAGGUCCUUGGUGCAGUGUUCGAGGCCCAAGCAAUCAACAUAGCACUAGGAAACUUCAAGUCCACUGGAAUUGCAUACAGCAAGACUCCCGACGUAGUCAUGCUAUCUUUACCAGAUCUUCAAAACGACAAUGCGCAGCAACUAAGAGUUGUUGGCGAGGUGAAAGUACCAUGGCUGGUACAGCAUCAACAUGAUUUGUGUGCUGAAAACUCAACUUUGUUGCGAGAGGUCCUCGGGCAACCUAUUUCAUACAUGUUAGACCUUGAUUGUAUGUAUGGCUUUAUCACCAACUACUGUCAGACCAUAUUCCUUCGACAAAUUCAGGUUGGAUCAACUUGGAGAAUUGAGUAUUCCCCCUUGAUCGAUGCAUCCGUCAGAUAUGCGCCCCCAGACCCUGCAAAUCAGUCUAUUGAACCUGUGUUGAGCUUCAAUCAAUGUCUUCUGUAUAUUGCUACCAUUGUUGAGGCCCAGGGAUCGAUCGUCAAUCCUAACCCUCGCACUCAAUGGAUCAGAGAACAUUAA